CCGGCGCCGGGAGGGAUGGAGCCCGGGCCGCGGCCGCCCCGCACUCCCCGCCCGCCGGUCUCCGCCUUCCUGCGCGACCCGAGCUCCGGGCGCGUGUACAGGCGCGGGAAGCUCAUCGGCAAGGGCGCCUUCAGCCGCUGCUACAAGCUGAUGGACAUGUCCACCAGUGCCGUGUUUGCCCUCAAGGUGGUGCCUCGCGCUGGGGGCGCGGCCGGGCGACUGCGCCCCCGUGGUAAGGUGGACCGGGAGAUCGCCCUGCACAGCCGCCUGAAGCAUCGCAACAUUGUAGCCCUCCACGGACACUUUGCUGACCGCGAGAACGUGUACAUGGUGCUGGAGUACUGCAGCCGCCAGUCACUGGCCCACGUUCUGGAGGCGCGGCGGACUCUGACGGAGCCCGAGGUGCGCUACUACCUGCGGGGCCUGGUCAGCGGGCUGCGCUACCUGCAUCAGCGGCGCAUCGUGCACCGUGACCUGAAGCCCAGUAACUUCUUCCUGAACAAGAACAUGGUGGUAAAGAUUGGAGACCUGGGGCUGGCCGCCAGGGUGGGCCCGGGGGGCCACUGCCACAGAGUGCUCUGUGGGACCCCAAACUUCCUGGCCCCGGAGGUCAUCUCCAGGAAUGGGCACUCCUGCCAGUCAGACCUCUGGGCUCUUGGCUGCAUCAUGUACACAGUGCUGACUGGCACCCCUCCCUUCGUGGUGGGUCCCCUGUCCGAGAUGUACCAAAACAUCCGAGACGGCCGCUACCCCGAGCCCGCCCACCUGUCACCCAACGCGCGCCGCCUCAUCGCCCGCCUGCUGGCGCCCAACCCAGCGGAACGGCCCAGCCUGGACCACCUGCUGCAGGACGACUUCUUCACCCAGGGUUUCACCCCCGACCGGCUGCCAGCCCGCUCCUGCCACAGCCCACCCUUCUUCACCGUGCCCCAGCCUCUGGGCAGGCUCUUCAGGAAGGUGGGCCGGCUGCUCCUGCCCCAGUGCCGGCCCCCCUGCCCCAUCAUGGCUAGCGAGGCCUCGGGUCCUGGAGAAGGUGGAUCAGAUCCUGACCCCAUGGAGUGGGGCAGUGAGGCCACCCUGUUGGACACAGGGGCUCCCCACCCGGAGGUCCCCGUCCACCUGCUCACCCACGGGACCCUCAGGAGCGACCCAGCGGGGCCCAAGGGGAGCCAGAGGCAGGAGGUGGAGGUGGCCAUCAGAAACCUGCGGCUCUGCCUGGACCCGGGCCUCCCAGACCCCCCUGACACCCGUUACCCAGCCACACAGGACCUCCCAGGAGAGCAGCGGCCCAUCCUCUGGGCCCCCAAGUGGGUGGAUUAUUCCAGCAAGUACGGCUUCGGCUACCAGCUGUCGGAUGGGGGCAGCGGUGUCGCUUCGGGAUGGCACACACAUGGCCCUGCGCCCCCCGGGGGAGAGGGGGCCCGGCCCUCGCCCCCCCCAGCGGCCCCCAGCCUCUGCUUGCUGCGCUUCCUUGUGUCCGAGCGGGCGUUGCUGCUGCUCUUCAGCGACGGGACGGUGCAGAUCAGCGGCAGGGGCGACGGGGCUCACCUGGUGCUGAGUGGCGGCGUUGAGGAGCUGCGGCUCACGGUCUGGGAGGGCGGCCAGCCCCGCACCUCCUACCCCCGGGGCGCCCUGCAGAGCCCCGGCUGCGCCCCACAAGCCCGCCCGCGCCUUGUCCACGCUCUUCACAUGCUGCAGAGCAUCUAGUGCCCCCUGCAAGGUGACCGGGUCCCCAGCCCCAGUCCCGCUUCUGCUGUCUCCCCAGAGGGGUGU